UAAUAGAAGAUAACCGCUCCUUCUCCUCCGCCAUGAACAUCAUGAACACAGCCGCCAUUGCCAGCACGACAAACACCACGACCAUGAUCACCAGUAAAAGCAACAGCAUUAGUAAAUAUGACACUAGUAACACCAUUAACGCCAUGACCUCCACCACCAACAACACCAGCAAGAACAAUGUCAAUCGUAGAUCCUCAGCGACGGCCAUAGUGGACAUUGAAAUGUUCACCUUGGGUACGUCAGCGAAUAAAUACAACAAUACGUUUACCAGACCCGCCUCGAUAACCAAAAGUAUUUCAGCCUCAGCGGACAACAACAAUACCAACCAUGACUACCACCACAACCACCAACAGCAGCAGCAGCAACAACAAUUUCUACAACAGCUGCAACAUAUGCAUCAUAAAGAGAAAUUCUUGAAAAACUACAUCGUGCCACACGCCCAUCCUCAGUGUGGUCUGCCCGAAUCAUUGCGUAUUAUCGAAACGGUUAUAGCCGAAGAUGCCGAAACGAAUGCCAAUACACCGGAAUCACAAACCGACACCACCACCACAACCACUACGAACUCAUCAAUGCAUCUGAUACAGCAACUGCAGCAUCAGAGUGCUGCCAACAUAAUGGCAGCUUCAUCCACAUCAUCGUCGUUAUCUAUUUAUAAUACCGCCUUACCACAAUCGUUCUCAUUCUCACCCUCCAGCACCUUGACCACUGACGCCACCAACACUAACACCUCCUUCAUGACGGCAUCCGCCUCGGUGCCCACUUCGGUAUCGGCUGCAUCGUCAAAUACCUCAAGUACCAACAAUAAAUACACUAGAAAACGAGAACGUGUCUGUAACUCAACUAGCAACUCAAAUACCACUAUUUCGAAAUUGUCGAAUUGUAGUCGAGCCUUUUCGAAAUAGUUCGGACUUAAACAGCAACUACAACAUAAACUACAACAAUUAAAUAAGAAAAUAACAACACAAAAACACACAUAUAAAAAGUUAAACACGUAAAUUUAGUAACUUUAGCAUUAAGUGAACAGAAAAUCGUUAUAAAAAAAAUUAACUUAUAAAUAUUUAUAAAAAAAAAAAAAAUAAUUUUCAAAAAUUUAGGAAUUUAAAAAAAGUUACUUCCUCUCUCCCAAACUUGUAAAUAUGUUAUAUUUUGUUAAAAAUCUCUUCAAACCCCGAAAAUCCCUUUCCUCCAUCCCCCCCCCCCCUAAACCUCCUAGAACAAUUUUAGUUUAGUUAAAAUGCAAAAAUAAUUAAAAAUAUAAAAUUAACAAAAAUAUUGUACAAAUAAUAAGAAAAAAAAAUAUGUUUAUAUUUAAAAAU